CUCCAAUUUUCUUCUUGGGCAUAUUUAUUUUAGGAUAAAGAGAUUUCGCGUUUGAUAGAAGCUCGUGGAGAAACACUUCUAACAGACGAGGGUAAUUGUGUCCAAUAAAAAGUUGUGGACCCGACCUCCGGUACCAUAUUUAUUCUGAUAUGGGAAUUAGAAUACAUGCACGGCCUAUUAUCAUGGUGGAACGUUAAAGUUCUCCUUCCCCAACACCGAAACCCUAAAGAAGUUGAACAAGAGAAGGAAAAUCCUGAAGCCUUGAUGGCUAGCAGUAAGGCAAACCCGGCUCGAUCUUACCUUAAGAUAGGAGCCGAGGUCGAGGCCACCAGUGUAGACCCCGGCCUACGAGGCACGCUAUUCCCCGCGACGAUAAUCGCUGGGCCAUCCGAAAGCAACAAGUUCGUGGUUGAAUACAAGAAUCUACAGGAAAACGAUGAAUCCUUGAGGGAAGAGGUUGAUAUGGCUCUCUUAAGGCCCUUCCCUCCACCAGAACACGAUUAUAGUUUCGAUUUUGGGGACGAGGUCGACGCGUUUUUUAGUGGCGGAUGGUGGGAAGGAGUUAUCACUGAGGUCGGUGAGGGUCCGACGUACUGGGUUUACUUUAGGUUUGCGCAGCAGCAGUUUUCGUUUCAGGCCGAGGAGCUAAGGCAUCAUCGGGAGUGGGUCGAGGGAUAUUGGCUUCCACCUAGGGAAUGGUCGAUGAAGAAAGUCGCAAAUUCAAGCAAGGCAAGGAUGAAAAAGUUUAAGAAAGGAACACCAGUGGAGGUAAGCAGUGACGAAGAUGGAUUUCAAGGUGCUUGGUUUGCUGCAACGGUUCUUGAUGCUAUAGGACAGGAAAAAUACCUCAUUGAGUACCGGAGCCUGAGAACAGAAGAUGGCACAAACUUUUUGAGAGAAGAGGUUGAUAUACAGCACAUAAGGCCGCCGCCUCCUGAAAGUGUCAUGGCUUGUGAUUUCAAUUUGAAUGAAGAAGUUGAUGCUUUUUACAAUGAUGGUUGGUGGGAGGGUGUGAUUUCCAGGGUUCUCAAGGGCUCAAGGUACAAAGUCUACUUCAAGGGCACGAAAGACGAAGAGGAGUUUCAGCACUCUGCCUUAAGACCCCGCCUAGAUUGGAUAGAUGGAACUUGGGUCAGGGCUUCUCAGGCCUUAAAGUAUUGAUUAAUCAAAGCUGGCUUCUGACCAUGUUAAUGGGAACCUGGUAUCCUUCCUCAGAUCCGUCGCUGAUCAUAUUCCGUCCAGGGGUGCGUCUGAUGCCAUAGUGAAUUAGUACAGCCUGCUCAGACAAAACAAAACAAAAUGCCUUGGUUGUUUGGCUAUCAAGUGCACACGUGGUGGUUGCUUUACACUGUUUCUUACUUGCCUCAUUAUAUACAUCUUGUCUUCUAUCAAAAAUUUACGUGUACUUACUUUUGCGUAUUUAUUGUGUAUUUCAUUAAUA